CCCUCCUCCCACGAUCUGUCAGAGCAGCUUGUUGCACGACCAGCUUCUUGGUAAACUAACUUGAGUUCGGCGUUAAAAUCCAAACCAGUUGCCUGACAAAUCGCGUUUUGCGCGGACCGACGAGGAUCUUCGCUUUGAUUAAAAAACAAGCCUUAAUUCCCUUGACUUAACGAGUCAUUUACGGCAGUUUCCAUCGAGCUCUUUUGCUGUCUGCGUGAUUUGUGGUCAAGAAACAGCAGCGGCAGGUCAUGGUAUCCAGAUCCCGGACAGAAGAAAGUGCCUUCUCUGACGACGUUCCUACUUGAAUCUGCUCGUCGCCCCCAUCCUACACUGGCUUGGCUCCCAAAAGAUCUCAAUUCCUCAGACUUGCCAAAGCACAAGGAACCAACACGCUCUUUCCAUUCGCGGACCGUUAUUAGAUAUCGUUCCAAGGAGAGCCAUUGCCUUCAGGUAGUGUUAUCCACAACCGUUGGGCUCAAGACCGUUUGGAGACCUGGAGCAUGUUCUUAUUGUCGCUCCAGUGUUGUGCACCUGGGACUAAAUGACUGAUGAACGACUUGGCAGAGAUUGACAGCUUCACUGAUAGCGGCCAUCUCCCAUGCGACAGCCAACGGGGGUCUGAAUGUGACAUCUCUAUUUAAAGGGCCUCGCCAACAAACUGAGACGAACCUCAAAACUACAACAACACACAAAUACGUUCACAGACUUUUCAAAUCCAAAUCAACAAUCUACUGACGCCAUAGAGCCUGCAGGUUCUCGACACAACUUUUGCUAUGGCUUUAAACAUCGCGUCGAUACGAGACACAAAAUGGCUGACUCUCGAAGUGUGCCGGCAGUUUCAGAGAGGGACUUGCUCGCGCAGUGACGAGGAAUGCAAAUUCGCGCACCCACCCAAGAGCUGCCAGGUGGAGAACGGACGGGUGAUCGCCUGCUUCGACUCGCUGAAGGGUCGGUGUACGAGAGAGAACUGUAAGUACCUUCACCCACCAGCGCAUCUGAAGACGCAGCUGGAAAUCAACGGACGCAACAACCUCAUCCAGCAGAAGACCGCAGCAGCGAUGCUGGCCCAGCAGAUGCAGUUCAUGAUCCCUGGCACCACCAUGCAACCAGUGCCUACAUUUCCUGUCAGCCAAGGUCUGGGCUCAAGCCCUGGACUGAGUUACGCACCGUAUCUGACUCCCAUGAGCCACGGCAUGGGUCUUGUCCCCACAGAGAUGCUCUCCAGCACCCCUGUCAUCGUCCCCGGCAGCCCGCCGGUUAGCGUGCCGAGCUCGUCCUCCACGCAGAAACUACUGCGCACAGACAAGCUCGAGGUGUGUCGCGAGUUUCAGCGGGGUAACUGCGCGCGUGGCGAGACCGACUGCCGCUUCGCCCAUCCUAGCGACAGCCCCAUGAUUGACACGAGCGACAACACGGUCACCGUGUGCAUGGACUACAUCAAGAGCCGCUGCUCGCGCGAGAAGUGCAAGUAUUUCCACCCUCCAGCACAUCUGCAGGCCAAGAUCAAAGCAGCCCAGCACCAGGCCAACCAGACUGCCGUCGCAGCGCAGGCCGCCGCUGCAGCCAUGACUCAGUCGACUGCCAAAGCAAUGAAGCGACCCCUCGAGGCAUCUGUAGAUCUGGCCUUUCCCCAUGGAGUCCUGCAGCCCCUACCAAAGAGACCAGCACUAGAAAAGAGUAACGGGGCCAGUACUCUCUUCAACCCCAGUGUCUUGCACUACCAACAGGCUUUGGCCAACGCACAGCUUCAGCAGCCCACCGCUGCGUUCUUUCCCACAGGGUCAGUUCUGUGCAUGGCUCCUGCUAGCAGCAUUGAUCAUCUUGAAGUAAACCACCGAAGAGGAACGGGGUGUCAGGAAGCUGCUUUGAGAAACCCAAAAAGAUCCCCGUGUAAAUACGACCUGCCCUCCCCGUUAGAACUACAGCAACCUGCAUGCUAAAGCGUAAACACAUUAGCAACCCACUACACAAUACACACACACACCAUAUACCUGUUAUGCUUGGAAAAGUGACUCAACCGGUUUCUAACUUCAAAACAAAAGAUAUAAAAAAGCAAAACAAGAAAAUAUAUAUGAAUAUAUAUAAAUAUAUAUAUAUAUAUAUGUCAAUGUACAGCACGUUUCAUAGAGGCAUAAGUGAGAUUCAUCUGAAUGAUCGGUCACCCGUCAGAUGUAAUGUGUAUUUUUCUCCCAUGGUUGUUUUAAAUGAAAAACAAAUGCACAAUGUUCACCCUGAGCGGACGAUGAGCGACGCAAGGAAACACACACACACACACACACACACACACACUAGGUUUGCACUGUCAGAAAUAGUGCUUAAUAUUAAGUGCUUGAUUGUCUUGAACGGGAGGACGUCUCCUGCAGAGUAUGUCUUAAACAUCCCCACGCACCCUCCGGAUAGGGGAAAGAGGGGUUGCUCGAUUUUUAUUUCUUGUUUUAAUACACAACACCGAAUGUCACAUUGCGGACAAAACGAAGAUUGUCUACUGGUCAAAAAUGCGCCUCCCUCCAGUUUCACCUUCUUGGACUCGAGCUGAUCCGUCUUCGGAAACGGAAACGAUUCGAUUAUUGCUGUUCUUCAUCCCCAACGGCCAAAGAAAGGUUUACUCUGACACGAAGCAUGAACAUAAACAGUCGGUGUCAGAAGUGCGAAUGUGGCAAACCACGUGCCAUGCGACCACGUUUCUGUCUGCGUCUCUGCUAAAGGACUGUGUUUUACUCCUUCCUUUUUUGUUUUUAAAUGGACGGUGAAUGAUUUCGAUGUGUCCGUGGGAACACUGGCCAUCAGGGAGUCGACUCUGGCUUCUAUCCCGUGCCAAGGGCUUACAUUAAACUGGAGAGCUGCUGUAAACAAACUCGUACACACUCGUAGACGAGACGGACUUCUCCAAUUUGUCUGGGGCCUGUUCGUCGUCCCAAUCACACGGUGCCCAGCGAACGGAAAACGCGAGGAGGAAGGGGGCGCGAAACGUUGCAGUAGACGAUCUCUGACGCGUCUCUCGCCGAUAAUCCUGUUUUAUUUGAUAAACAGUAGAAGUGCCUAAAAAAUAUAUUUUACACAGCAAGCAUCUUGAGAAGAUGACUUUAUGUGGGGUUGGGGGUUAUAAAAACACUCUUUGGUGUCAAAAAGCAAGUAAAGCUCCCGAAAUGAUCUCGGCCCAUUUGGACAAAAGAAAAGAGACAAGAAACACGUAGACUUAAAUGCAUUUCAUACACCACCAUGGUCUGUUUCAUUACACAACAUGGAUGUUGCUAGAAAUUGGUGCAGAACUGAAUAAUAGGUAGAAUGUUGAUUGACGUCGGAAAUGUAAAGGAACUUUGUCAGGACGAGCUAAAUGUCUGUAACGCGUGACGUAUGAGUUUGGUAAACGAUUGUCAUAGCGGUGUGUUCUUAAGCAGUUUUGUUGUUGAGUCAGGACUGUCCGUUCUGUCGUUUUCUUACUAUAACGAAACACCUAACAGCAUCGUUUCAUUUUUAUUUGGAUGUUGUUGUUUUUUUUGUUUUGUUUUGUUUUGUUUUGUUUUGUUUUUUACAUGGAAUAGUGUUGUCAAAAAUACCAACUUGUGUACCAAAUGUGACGAUAUCAGCAUUUCCCCCUAGCAUUUUAAGCGCUGUUGAGCGGAUGUUGAAGCUAUCCCUGAAGCUAUCCUUGGUGUAAAUGACUUUCUUCUUUCUGAUGAACACAUUCGGCGUUAUAUUAAUAAAUAUCCUGAAGUGUCCAAGCUUUAUAAUGGGAGUGAACGGGACCAACAA